UGUGGUGUAAGUGUGCGGGUGUCAGUUUGAAUGCAUGUGAUUGUGUGUAGUGCAUGUGAGGUGUGCAUGUGAGUAUGUGUGAGAGGUGUGCGUGUGAGUGUCUGUCCAGGGCACAGCAGCUGUCACUCAGUGCCGCUGCCCUUGCAGGUGUCAGAUGCUGUCCUAUGGCGAGAGGCUGGGGGCCCGGGCUGUCUCCCCAGUGCCGGUCUGCAGUGGGCACAUGAUGAGCGGGGCUGCCUUUGCCUAUGUGCCCAGCCCACAGGUCCUGCACAGGAUCCCAGGGGCCUCCGCCUAUGCCUUCCCCAGCCUGGGCCCUGUGGCCCUCGCCGAGCCUGGCUGCCCCUACGGGGAGGUCCUGGAGCUCCCCGAGCCGCUGCCUGCCAAGCUGGCCCUGGAGGAGGAACAGAAGCCAGAGCCCGGGUGGGCCCAGAAGCUGCGCCAGGCCGCCACAAUGCUCCUCAAGGUGCCGCUGAUGCUUGCCUUCCUCUACCUCUUCGUCUGCUCCCUGGACGUGCUCAGCUCGGCCUUCCAGCUGGCUGGAGGGAAGGUGGCUGGUGACAUCUUCAAGGACAACGCCAUCCUCUCCAACCCGGUGGCAGGGCUGGUGGUAGGGAUCCUGGUGACGGUGCUGGUGCAGAGUUCUAGCACCUCCACGUCCAUCGUCGUCAGCAUGGUCUCCUCUGGCUUGCUGGAGGUAAGCUCUGCUAUCCCUAUCAUCAUGGGCUCCAACAUCGGCACCUCCGUCACCAACACCAUCGUGGCCCUGAUGCAGGCAGGAGACAGGACUGACUUCCGGAGGGCCUUUGCAGGGGCCACGGUGCACGACUGCUUUAACUGGCUGUCAGUUCUGGUCCUGCUGCCCCUGGAGGCAGCCACCGGGUACCUGCAUCACGUCACUUGGCUCAUAGUGGCCUCCUUCAACAUCCGCGGCGGCCGGGAUGCUCCGGACCUGCUUAAGAUCAUCACGGAGCCCUUCACUAAGCUUAUCAUCCAGCUGGACAAGUCCGUCAUCACCAGCAUUGCCACCAGUGACGAGUCCCUGAGGAAUCACAGUCUCAUUCGGAUCUGGUGUCGCCCAGAUACCGGGAAGGCUCCCACUGCCAUGCCCAGCGGGACCCUUGGGAAUGUCACCAUGGAGAAGUGCAACCACAUCUUCGUGGCCACGGGGCUGCCUGACCUGGCCGUGGGGCUCAUCCUGCUGGCUGGCUCCCUGGUAGUCCUAUGCACCUGUCUCAUCCUCCUUGUCAAGAUGCUCAACUCCCUGCUCAAGGGCCAGGUGGCCAAAGUCAUUCAGAAGGUCAUCAACACUGACUUCCCGGCGCCCUUCACCUGGGUCACGGGCUACCUGGCCAUGAUGGUGGGGGCGGGCAUGACCUUCAUUGUUCAGAGCAGCUCGGUGUUCACCUCGGCCAUCACCCCGCUCAUUGGCCUAGGUGUGAUCAGCAUCGAACGGGCCUACCCCCUCACCCUGGGAUCCAACAUAGGAACGACCACCACUGCCAUCCUGGCUGCCCUUGCCAGCCCCAAGGAGAAGCUGACUAGCGCCUUCCAGAUUGCCCUCUGCCACUUCUUCUUCAACAUCUCGGGCAUCCUGCUGUGGUACCCGGUACCCUGCACGCGCCUGCCCAUCCAGAUGGCCAAGGCCCUGGGCAAGCGCACAGCCAGGUACCGCUGGUUCGCUGUCCUCUAUCUCCUUGUGUGCUUCCUGCUGCUGCCCUCGCUGGUGUUUGGGGUCUCCAUGGCAGGCUGGCGGGCCAUGGUGGGGGUGGGCGCCCCCUUCGGGGCCCUGCUGGCCUUCGUGGUGCUCAUCAGCGUUCUGCAGAGCCGCAGCCCCAGGCGCCUGCCCAAAUGGCUGCAGACGUGGGACUUCUUGCCCCACUGGAUGCACUCGCUGCAGCCCCUGGACCGCCUCAUCACCCGGGCCACCCUGAGCUGCGCCCGGCCCGAGCCCCGCUCGCCGCCGCUGCCCACCAGGGUCUUCCUGGAGGAGCUGCCCCCUGCCACACCUUCCCCCCGCCUCGCCCUGCCCGCUCGCCACAAUGCCACCCACCUCUAGGCCAUGGGCCCAGCCUGCUGCCUGGGGCCAGGAAGGGGUCUGUGCAGGUGCCUAAGAUGGGAGGGCAGAGGAGAGUGUGUGUAUGUGUAAGAGUGUGUGUGUGUGUGCGCACGCACGCACGUGUCUGUGCCACUCUGGGUGUGACUUCGUCCUGAUGCAGGUCUGCCAUGGUUUGGACUGGUGUGACCAAGAGUCGGUGGACAUCCACCUGUGGGCACCUUCAUUGGGAAAAGCCGGCCUGUAAAUGUGCAGACGUGUGGAUGCUUGCAUUUUGUACACGUGUGGGCCUGUGUGUGUGUGUGUGUGUGUGUGUGUGUGUGUGUGUGUGUACAGAUGCACCAGUGGGCAUCGCUGUGUAUGCUGCAGGAUGUCUGGGUAGGAUUUUGAGACUUUCUAUAUGUGAACAGAGGCCAGUUUGCAUCUCUGCAUUUACCUGACUGGGCUGGGUGGGAGGGAGGUUUGGUCGGAGCAUGUGACCAUGUGGUUGUUUGCUUGGGCAUAUACAUGGAUGCCUGAUCAGAGACUGAAUUCUCACCCCCUCCCUGCCACCUGCCUUCCUCCAUGCUACCAUUCUUAUCCUCACCCAGGGUUUCUGCACCACCAACUACAACCUGCUUCUCAAACACUGCCUGAUGGAAAAAAAAUAAAU